AUGUCCAACCAAGCAGCCUGGAUCAAAGAGAAGCACGGCCGACUCGUGCUCGACGAAGCCGAGAUCCCAAUCCCCGGUGAGAAUGAGGUGCUUGUGAAAGUCGAUCUGAUCGCCUUCAGUCCCAUCGAGUCGAAGAUUCAAACAUUCGGCACCCACCCUAUCCCCUAUCCCAACAUCCUAGGCCAGUCCUUCGCCGGUACAGUCCAAUCCAUCGGUCCCAACGUAACUAGCUAUAAGCCCGGUGACCGGAUCGCAAGUAAUCGAGGGGCCAAAGCAGUCGGAGAUCCUCGCUUCGGGUCUUAUCAGAAAUACGCCCUGGCGUCGGUGUCCUCCAGUUCCAAGAUCGCACCCGACGUCGACCUCCAAGGAGCGGCCACCUCUAUUGUGAACCUCGCCGCAGUGGUGUCUGCGUUGUCGAUUUAUUUGGGGUUGGAUCGGCCACCUCUCUCGGGCAAACCAGAACCCAAGAGCAAGAAGGUCUUGAUCUAUGGAGGCUCCAGCUCCACUGGCGGGCUGGCCGUACGGUAUGCUGUCACAGCAGGAUACACUGUCGUGACGACCUCGUCGCCGCAGAAUCGCGAAUUCGUGGAGUCCCUGAACCCGGCUUAUAUCAUCGACCAUACGGCGCCGGCAGAGACAAUCGUCGAAGAACUUCGCAGUCAGGGUCCCUUUGACAGCAUCUUCGACACGAUCGGAUUACCACCAGUGACGAACAUCUUGAUCAAGUACAUAUCUUCGAUCGGCGGCGGGAAGUACAACAGUUUGAUUCCACCUAUCGGAGGGGAAGACCCGAUGCCGGAUAAUGUGGAGAGGCUGUUUGCGCCGUAUAGCCGGGCAUUUGAGGACGAAGCGAAUCGAGAAAUUGCUCGUUGGCUUUUUGAAGAGUAUUUGCCCAAUGGAUUGCAGAGUGGGUUGGUUGUGCCGACAAGAGCGCAGGUUGUGGAGGGAGGAUUGGACAAUGCGCAGCAGGCGCUUGACCUGAUGACUCAGAAUGCUGUGAGCGGACACAAGCUUAUUUUGAACCCGUGGGCUGGGAAGGAUGUAGCAGUUUACCUUAAUUCGCUCGCACCAAGUAUGACGCAGUCCGGGAAUCUGAUUGUUGGCAGGUAUUUUCCAAUGGCCCUUCGCCGGGUCAUGCUAGAAGUUUGCUCCUGCUCGCCAGUAGGCGGGGCCUUCACUGCCCCCGUUGUCUUCUCAAGCAGCCAGGAGAAAACACCGGCGGUGAUGCGACCAGCGGCGCCGUCGUCAAAGUCCCCAGUUGACGGUUUGAGCGGCUAUCUUCGAGCUUUUGACGUUGGCACAGUCGUAGCUGUUGGCUCCAAGACUCCACCAGGCAUAGUGGGCGCAGGUGGGGUGGUUGUAUUAGGGCAGGUCACGCAGACGUUGGUGGUUUUCGAAAGCAAGGACGGUCAUGGCCAUGAAGGUCAACAAUGA